GUGUAGCACUAUACAAAUAGAAAAAAAAUAAAUGUGUGGAAUCUUUGGAAAAAAAAUGUGGACUUUCAUUUUCGUGUCACACUAUACGAAAAUAAAUCUUAGCAAAAUCUUACCUUUUAAUUUUAUAGGAAAGCAAAUUUCUCACCUUAAUUUGGGUAGUAAACAAAAAAAAAACUUUCACUAACCAGUCACACACCUAAAUCAUAAUAUUAAAUACGUCUAAUGAAAAAAAAUAAAAAAUAAAAAUUGUAAAGAUUCACAUUUGAGAUAUAUUGACUACUUUAAAGCCCAUCUACGCUUUUAGGUUUCCUUUAAAUAUAUGCCAACCCUCCGAUAAAAAUCUCACUUCCAACCUCCAAAUCCCUAGAAGUUGUGAAAAAUGGAGAACAACAACAACAACGGCGACAACAUGAACGACGGCAACCACCAGCCACCACCGUCGUACUCACAGCUACCGCCGAUGGCAUCAUCCAACCCUCAGUUACGUAAUUACUGGAUCGAGCAAAUGGAAACCGUCUCUGAUUUCAAAAACCGUCAGCUUCCAUUGACUCGAAUAAAAAAGAUAAUGAAGGCUGAUCCUGAUGUCCACAUGGUCUCCGCGGAGGCUCCGAUCCUCUUCGCAAAGGCAUGCGAAAUGUUCAUCGUUGAUCUAACCAUGCGGUCAUGGCUCAAUGCCGAGGAGAACAAACGCCACACGCUUCAGAAAUCGGAUAUCUCUAAUGCAGUGGCUAGCUCUUUCACUUAUGAUUUCCUUCUUGAUGUUGUCCCCAAGGACGAUGGAAUCGCCACGGCUGAUCCUGGCUUUGUGGCUAUGCCACAUCCUGACGGUGGAGGAGUACCUCAAUAUUAUUAUCCACCGGGAGUGGUGAUGGGGACUCCGGUUGCUGGUAGUGGAAUGUACGCGCCACCGCAGGCGUGGCCGGCAGCGGCUGGUGACGGGGAGGAUGAGGGUGCGGAUAAUGAAGGAAACGGCGGCGGAAAUUGAAGUGUUGAUUUAGGGUUUGUAACCGACAAUAUGGGAAUUUGAAAUUUCGUGGAGUUUAUUAGUUUUUUUUUUUUUUUAAUUCGUCGGAUUCGCUUUCAUGUUAAUAUGGUUUGGAAAUGGUGAACAAUGUGUGGAAGGCGAAAUGCUAUUUUUUAUAGACUUGUAACCGCUUUUGUGAGAAUUUGAUUUUCUUUUGGAGUC